AUGGUUCUGACGUCAGGUGCCACCCUGGCCGUCAUCAUCGAUAUGGACAACCGCACGUCGGUGAUCUUCAGCGCGUGCGUGGCAGUCUUCUACACGCUCUUCGGUGGGCUCUACUCAGUCGCGUACACUGACGUCAUACAACUGUUCUGUAUUUUCAUAGGUCUUUGGAUGUGCAUACCAUUUGCGUGGGCCAACGAGCAUGUGAAACCGCUGAGUUCAAUGGAGGUGGACUGGAUAGGCAAGGUGGAACCUGAAUAUUACUGGUUUUAUUUGGACUACGGGCUGCUACUCAUCUUCGGUGGGAUACCAUGGCAGGUAUAUUUCCAACGCGUGCUCAGCAGUAAGACAGCCGGUCGCGCUCAGAUUCUGUCUUACGUGGCGGCCAUCGGCUGCAUCUUCAUGGCCAUCCCUCCGGUACUCAUCGGAGCCAUCGCCAAGGGAACCGCAUGGAACGAGACCGGCUACAAGGGCGACCUGACCGAAGACGGCCAGCUAACCUCGGAACAGACUUCAAUGAUCCUGCCAUUGGUGCUGCAGUAUCUUACGCCCGACUUCAUAUCGUUCUUCGGGCUGGGCGCCGUGUCCGCUGCCGUGAUGUCUUCAGCUGACUCCAGCGUGCUCAGUGCUAGUUCUAUGUUCGCCAGGAACGUGUACAAGCUGAUCUUCAGACAGAACGCGUCAGAGAUGGAGAUCAUCUGGGUGAUGAGGGUGUCCAUCUUAGUGGUGGGAUUCCUUGCUACCCUCAUGGCCCUUACCAUACCCUCCAUCUACGGUCUGUGGUGA